CUAAAAAAAAAAAAGCAUAUCCCUUACUUGACAUUUGACACUGACGUCCAAAGAUUUAUCAGACUUUAGUCUGUUCCUACAAGAAAUUUAUAUUUUUCUCAAUUUAUAGUUAUUUUUUAUAAGAAUGCCAGUACCUGGAGGAGUUUACCAAAGCCAGGGACCUUCAUGUUUCGAUAAGAUGAAGAUGGGUUUCAUGAUCGGAUUUUGCGUAGGGAUGGCGAGCGGAGGCUUAUUCGGCGGGUUCACGGCUUUAAGAUACGGUGCCCGGGGCCGGGAACUUGUACAUUCAGUUGGAAAAGUAAUGCUUCAAGGUGGUGGAACUUUCGGUACAUUUAUGGCGAUCGGAACUGGAAUUCGCUGCUGACCUUAUCUUUUAGUUUUUCAUAUUGUAAAUACUGUUAUGUUAAAAUGUAGUGAAGCCUUGAUUUAAUUAUAAAUAAAGUUUUAUUGUAAGUA